AUGCUGACUUGUCUAAGUGAAGAUAUCAACUACACAGAUUUCUAUUUCAACUAUCUUAUGAAAAACCAACCAUGUAUUUUCGACUCUUGGAUUACUAAAAAUUGGUCAGCAUGUUUUUCUUGGUGUUCCUCUGAUGGGUUCAUUGACUUAAAAAAGUUGUUUGAAGAUUUUUCAGAUACGAAAUUGUGUGUCUCUGAUUGUUCUGUGAUCGAAUUCAAUACACACCCAGUUCGUGAAGUCAGUGUUAAAGAAUUUAUGUCGUAUUGGACUAACAAAACUCAAGGAAAAGAUAAACGUAUCCUAUAUUUGAAAGAUUGGCAUUACUUUAAACAUAGUUCAGAAAACAAUUGGUUUACGUUGCCUGAAUAUUUUUCUUCUGAUUGGUUAAACGAAUUUUGGAGUUUACGAAAUGAUCUUUCCGAUGACUUCAAAUUUGUAUAUUUAGGGGGUGAUGGGACGUGGACACCUUUUCACGCUGAUGUGUACCGUUCUUUCAGUUGGUCUGCCAACAUACUUGGCCACAAACGUUGGUGGAUUUUUCCUCCUGGUGAAGAAAAAAAGCUCUUAUUGUCCAAUGGACAAAUCCCUUUCGAUAUUCGCUCCGCUAUUAAAGACAGGAACGAUGUGAAAUAUUAUAUGAUAGACCAAUAUUCUGGGCAAGUAGUUUUCGUACCUUCUGGAUGGUUUCAUCAGGUUGUAAAUAUGACGGAUUGUAUUUCUAUAAACCAUAAUUGGUUUAAUGCCACAAAUGUAAGUCAUGUUUGGGAUCAUUUACAAGAUCAAUUGAAAGCUGUUGAAGAAUCAACUAAAGACGUUGCUUCUAUUGCUGGAUGGCAUGAAGAGUGUCAGACUUGUCUUCGAGCAUACGCUGGUAUCAAUUUCAAAGAAUUCUUUUCAAUGCUAAAGUAUAUUUUAAUAACUCGGUGGCCACGAACUAGUUCUGAUGAUGAUAACAGUGUGAAUACAUUUUUGGAAAAAUGUAAAUCUAUGCAGUACACAUCAUUGGAUGUACUUGAUGAUGCUAUGGAUUAUGAAAUUAGAAGUUUGAUUGAAACGAAUUUGGAAAUAUUUCAAACUGCUUUAAAAAAUCCUUUACUUUGGAGAGAGUAUUGUACAACAAAAGCUAAAACAUCUACCUGGAUACAUAUGCAUGAUUUUUGUGCAGUAAUACAGAUUAUCAAAGAAUUUGUUCAACAUCAAACUGUGAAGACACUACAACUUUGUAAUGGAGUUUUACAAUCAUUUUGGAGUAGCUUUUAA